AUGAAGGUUACCACGACUUCAUGCAUCUCCUUGGCACUUUGUGCGCACGCAAUUGCAGCCCCAAGCUAUCCAAAACAAAAGCAAAGCUCCUUCAAAUGGCGUUCUACGAAAUCUCUAAUAGCUUUUGGGGAUAGCUAUACAUACGUGCAAGGCACGCUCGGCCACACGAACUACACCUUCAUUGGGGAUGAAUUCAACUUCUCAUUCACGCCCGAACAGCUCUUCUCGAAUCGCAUCGCACAGAAUCUUACUGGAACAGCAGAAGGAGGGCCAAACUGGGUUGAGUUCCUGACCGGAUGCGGUGUUGAAGAUGGUCUGCAUGAUCCAAGGGAAUGCGAUGUCCAACUUUGGGAUUUCGCGUACGCCGGCGCGAACACUAUCAAUGAAGCUGGAUUCACACCUCUACAUCACAACCAUACUGUCUCACUCGAACGUCAAAUCGAGCAAUUCGUCUCCUACGGCAAUCCGGCUCUUGAAUCAAUCCACCUCAACAAGAAGAAGGCGCUCGUAGCGGUAUGGAUCGGCAUUAACGAUAUCAACGACCUCGUCUCAACCCAAGGCAAGAACGCUACUUUCGCACCGUCAUAUGAGAAAAUCCAGGGUAGAAUAUUCAAGAGCGUAGAAAAAAUCUAUGAUCUUGGCUACAAGGACUUCCUGUUUGUGAAUUUGCCACCCCUGGAUCGUGGACCAGGGACUCCCAAGGUCAACGCCUCGAUGGUUUCGUCUUUCAACAAAAUCCAUUCUGCGCAUGCCAACGCCUUCCAGAACCAACACAAAGAUGUCAAGGUGCUUCAAUUCGAUGUCAAUAGUGUCUUGAAUAAUGUUCUGGACCACUACCAAGAUUACGGAUUCAAGAACGUCACGGACUACUGUCCAGGAUAUAACCAGCCGGACAUCCUGACCGAUCCUGGCAAGUAUGGAUGUACCGAGCUGGACACGUUCUUCUGGUACAACUCAGGUCAUUUAACAAGUCGGACACAUGAGAUUAUGACAAAGGCAUUGAGGAAAUGGUUGGUGAAGCAAUAG